ACUGCACUGUACCACCAGCAUAACUCGCUGUUCAUACAGACAACAUUGAUAAGUCAAGGUACUCCACCAGUUCGCCUUCCAAGAAGGAGCGUAGAAAAUGAAAAGAGGCUUGUCCGUUUCUGACAGCGAUGGACACGCAUUUACUCCGCUCGUGGUUAUUGAGCUGGCUGAGGAUGUCAAAGAGGAGGCGGUAGCAUGGCUGCUGAACAGGAUGAAGGACAGACAACAGCAGGGAGGGGCUGAGCUGUUGGUGGACCAGCUGCCUCUAGAGGGCCAGGGUGAUCAGAAGGGGAACCCAAACGUGUUUGUCGUUGGGGCCACUUGGCAGAGGCUUUUGUACGGAGCUGAGGAUGUGGGCCUGGUGAAGGAGUUCAAUGAUGGCUCUAUGAGGGGGUUCACCUAUGCCAACAAGGACAACUUCAGAGACUUUCAUGGUGAUGGGGAUGGAUUCCUCAGCAUGGCGGAGUGUCAGUACAUCGUUAAACAUGGGUUGGACAUCCUGCGGGCCAAAGACGAGACGCAUAUCCCUGGAUAUCCUCAGGUGAAGCUCUACCCGGGGAAAUCCAUCAUACGCAGGAUGCAGUCAAAGGGCAUACUGCUGCAGAUUUUCCCUCUUCAUGAGAAAGAGGGCUUGAAGAAGCUCUCGCUCUCCUGGUAUCGAAAGGUGAAGCUAUCCUAUCAGCCCCUUGAUGACAUCCGACAGUAUUUCGGCGAGAGUCUGGGGCUGUACUUCGCCUUCUUGGAGUAUUUCACCUUCGCCUUAGCGCCCAUGGCCUUCAUCGGGAUACCCUACUACCUGUUCGCCUGGGAAGACUACGACAAGUACGUGCUGUUCGCCGUCUUCAACCUGGUGUGGUCCACGGUGAUCCUGGAGGUGUGGAAGCGCUACAGCGCCUCGCUGGCCUACAGCUGGGGUACGCUGAGCAGGAAGAAGGCCUUCGAGGAGCCCCGGCCGGGCUUCCACGGGGUGCUGGGCCUCAACCCUGUCACCGGCCGGGAAGAGCCCAUCUACCCCAACGCCAAGAGGCAGCUGCGGAUCUACCUGGUGUCGGUACCCUUCGUGCUCUUCUGCCUCUACCUGUCGCUGCACGUGAUGAUGAUCUACUUCGACAUGGAGGUGUGGGUGAUGGCGCUGCACGACGAGGAGCCCACCGUGGGGACCGGCCUGCUGCUCUUCGUCCCCAGCAUCAUCUACGCCGUGGUGAUUGAGGCCAUGAACCGCCUGUACCGCUACGCCGCCGAGUUCCUCACAGAGUGGGAAAACCACAGACUAGAGUCAUCAUAUCAGAAUCAUCUGGUACUAAAGGUUUUAGUGUUCAACUUCCUGAAUUGCUUUGCCUCGUUGUUCUACAUUGCCUUUGUUAUGCAAGACAUGGCUUUGCUCAGACAGAGUCUUGCUACACUGCUGAUCACAUCACAGAUUCUUAAUCAAAUCAUGGAGGCUUUCCUGCCUUACUGGCUGCAGAAGAGACGCAACAAGAAGAUCCAUAAGAGGGUUCGGAAAACUAUGGUGGACCAGGAGCUCCCCCUGGCUGAACAGGUCACGCUGGAGGCUGACAUGUGCACGUACCUGGGAACAUUUGAUGACUACCUGGAGCUCUUCCUGUUGUUUGGCUAUGUCAGCCUGUUCUCCUGUGUCUACCCCCUGGCCGCCGUCUUGGUGGUUCUGAACAACUUCACAGAGGUCUACUCAGAUGCCCUGAAAAUGUGUUGGGUGUUCAAGCGGCCUUUCUCUGAACCUGCUGCCGAUAUCGGCGUGUGGCAGUUGGCCUUUGAGACGAUGAGUGUGAUUUCUGUGGUGACCAACUGUGCCUUGAUAGGGAUGUCUCCCCAGGUGAAGGCCUACUUCCCUGAGUCAGAGACACAGCUCAUUCUGCUGGUGGUGGCAGUUGAGCAUGUGCUGCUGGCUUUCAAGUUCAUCCUGGCAUUUGUGAUCCCAGAUAUUCCCAAACAGAUCCAGAUCAAACUGGCCCGGCUCGAGUUUCAGUCCAUGGAGGCCCUCAAGAAAAGAAAAAUGCUGGAGGCUUCAGGGACCCCCAAUAAGAGCGAGUAAAGAAAAGAGAAGAGACAAAUACUGCAGAUACUGACGGACCCUCAUCAAGAUCCAGAGAAAACGACCACAACCACAGAAAAAUGACCUUUAUUUGCUGUUUACACGCUGUUUACACGCUGUUAACGUGCUGCACUGCAAGUGAAGCCUUAAUCCAGGCAGGACUGUGGAUCCUCCUGCUGCUUAAAUUAUUGGACAGGGUGGUGUAUUUAACUGUUACGUCUGUCACCACACAUUAUGCAUUACAUACGCCUGAGAAAAGGCCUGACCCUUCUGAAUAGGAAAUAUCUGUUUGGAGUUGCUGAUUAUGGGUGUGUGUGUGUGGGUGUGUUUGUGCAUGCUUUAUUAUGAUUGUAUUAUCGAAGACACUCCCCCCACAUUUAUCUCAGAGAGAAUAAUCAAGAGGCUUCAUUUCAUUAUAUGUUCAUAUUCAUUACUGUAACAGAAAUGCAUGACAUCUGCUAGGACUCCAGAAUGGCCUCUGUAAUAGAAUGUCAAAGCAAAGAAAACGUGGUCUAAAUAAAGCAUCUGCAAAGGUGCUGCAGGCAGUUUGCACUGAGACACGGGGUUUUGUUAGGGGGUGAAUAUUAGUUAACUUUCCAAAGCUGGAGAUACGGGACAGGGGGAGGUGCACCUUGAGACAUAAUGAGCCUUUGCAGUUACACAGUUUCAUCCAAAACGAUUCAUCCUUCCAAAAACAAUUUCAGACAAUCCAAAAAAAGUAUUUCCCACAUAUAGAUGAAAAGUGGUUUUCACAACACUUACUUACUGGGCUCUUAUCCAAUCUUACUACCACAUAUUUCAGCUUUUCAAGCCAUGGCAUCCUUAAUACAGACAGAGAAAUACCUCAGGAAUAAAUGAAGACUGUUCUUCCAACACAAGCAUGCAAAUGAUGAAAUGGUUGCAGAUACUGUAUACUUGUAAAAAAAUCUAAGAGGUGUGAAACACCAAUUGUAUAAUAUGAUCCACAGCUUUAUGAAUGGUUUGAGUAAUAAACUGUAAUACUCUGAGAGUGGCGGUUUGCAGGUGACGGUUUGUCUUACUGUAGUGGUGAAAGUAUAGCGAUAUAUAGUAUAGGACUUCAUACACAACAAAACACCACUCAAAACUAAGGGGCAGUGCCUUUGAAUACAGCAAAUUCCACUGUUAUGUUCCUGGCCCUCUGUGUUCUACAUGUGAACUCAUCCUGUGCUUUGUAGUCCUGCCUUAACUCCAUCCUGACAGUCUCCCUCAAAGGAAUACAUUUA